AUGGCCGUGCGCCUCCGUCGACUUGAGCUUUUGGGGGAGUGGGCAGCGAAAGCAAUGGCACUUGAAUAUUUAAGACAGAGGGAUCAAAACAUUAUGAGGAACGACCAAUUCUUCCAAAGCCUUGGGCUCAGUACCCUAGUUGCACAAGUUAAGGGUAAAAGUGCAAGGAACAAGGAUGAUGAUCCUGAAAAAUCUAGAUCUCUGUACAAUCCUGAGGAUGAUGAGGGCUCUAACCAACAUGACGAAGAUGAAGUCAGCAUGGCUUCUAAGGUGGGUGAGGAUGUAUGUAACAAGAAUGUCCAACAUAUUGGCAAGUUCUCUGCUAGAGGUGCAUUAUUUGCAAGUGCACAACAGAUCCCAUUCGACAUGGACACUAAUAGUGUGGCUGUACGAGCUGCUUGUGUUGACAUGCUAAAGGGUGGACGUCAGAUGAGGCAUAGGCUGAAAAAGAAGUACUUUGAUGGAGUUCCAGCAAAUAUAGACACUUGUGUCAAAAACCAAGUUAAUCGUGCGAAAGUCCAGUUCCAUCAGCAUACAGGUUCUCGAUGUUACAUUGCACAUGCCUAUGUCAUGAAACAAGAAAAAUAUAAAGACACAGAGCCCACUAUAAUUGAUUUGUUCAAGGAGAUGCAUUGCAGCAAGAAAAGUGGUUUUUGUGAGCCUGUCAAAAAUGCAAUUGCUGCUAUGGAAGCAAUUGAGGUUAAACCAAUGCAAGAAGGCCAGCAGUCGAUGUCUUCUAUUGAAAUUGUUUCCAAGGUGCUGCCGAAGUCAAGCACAUUUCUUCAAAAUGUGGGGCUGCCAAUCUCCAAGCCAAGUAGUAGAAGUGCAGUUAGUUCACAGGUGUGGGAGCUACAGGCUCAACUUGAGGCUAAGGAGCAAGAAUCUGCGCAACUUAAGCAAGAAUCUGCACAACUUAAGCAAGAGGUGGCUAGCCAAGCACAUGAAAUUGACAGCUUGAAGAAGGGACAACAAGAAACUCAUGCUCUCCUUCGACAGCUGAUUCUUCACUUCAAUCAGGGUCAAGUCACUCCCUAA